CUGAUCUGCAAGUGGGCUGACAGCAAAGGACGCCACUCCAGGCAGGCUUGCUCCAGAAUAUUCAGCACCAUGUAUGAGCUAGUCCACCACGUCACCAUGGAGCACGUCGGAGGACCAGAGCAGCCCAACCAUAUUUGUGACUGGGAGGGCUGCGCUAGGGAGAAAAAACCCUUUAAAGCCAAAUACAAACUCAUAAACCACAUCAGAGUGCACACAGGCGAAAGGCCGUUUCUAUGCCCGUUUCCUGGGUGUGAGAAAGUGUUUGCAAGAGCUGAAAACCUGAAGAUACAUAAAAGAAUCCACACAGGGGAGAAGCCGUUCGUGUGUGAAUUCGCUGGGUGUGCCAGGAGGUUCGCCAACAGCAGCGACAGGAAGAAGCACACCCACGUGCACUCGAGCGACAAGCCGUAUCGCUGCAAAGUCAAAGGGUGCGAGAAAUCCUACACCCACCCCAGCUCCCUGCGCAAACACCUGAAAACGCACCGCAGCCUGGAGCCAGCCACCGCCACCGCCACGCCCCGGGAGGCCGGAGGGCCCACGGGGCCGCAGGAGCCGGGGGCUGGCGCCUGCCAGUCAUUAGCCAGCCCUGCCGCUUGUCUAGCCAGAUGUGCGAGUUUUGUAUCGAUGUUUGACACGCGGUUUGAAAUAAAUCACCGAAUGUGCUCUGGCACGUCUGGUCACAGGGAGAUGUAG